CAUGCGCUUGUGCUCACAUGGUCAGGCAUACAUACAUAGAGCCCCUAGCGAAGGCCUCUCCCCGCUGCCGACUGCAGGCUCUAAGAAACACGAGGAGCGGAUCGAUCCAGGGGACUAGUCUAGUUAACCGUUAACAACUUCUCGUUUCCACCAUACACACAGUAGCUUUUCGUCCGGGAGAAGCAAGCAUAGCAAGAUCUGGCUAGCUUCUUGGGGCCGGCCAGCCGAGUUCAGGUGUUUGCAUCGUCGCACGCAGGAAGAGGCUCCAAAUGUUGCGCGAGAGAUGGCAGGGACGCGUUUUUACCCUCGUCCUUCUUCUUCUCUCCAACGCGGCGUCAGGCACUUCUCUGAGGGACGACACGAUGCUCCCCUCGGAGGCCGAGAAUUCUCCGUCAGACUUGGCAAAACUCGUGCAGUCUAAGCAGACCAAGCAGGCGCGCGUGUGCGGCGGAGCAGACCACCGGCUGCUGCGAUCCCUGGCCAACACCGGAGCGGAGGUCAUGGUCACCGUCCCCAACUCGCGGCUGCACCACAUGGCGGAGUUCAAGGAGGAGGCCCAGCUCUGGGUCGCCGCCAACGUGGCGCCGUUCCUCCCGGCGACCAUGAUCACGCACGUCCUGGCGGGAGACGACGUCCUGUCAAGCUCUCCCGGGGCCGCCUACUCGCUGGUCCCCGCCAUGCUGAACCUCCACGCCGCGCUCGCCGCCGCCCGCCUCGACGGCCGCGUCAGGGUGUCCACCGCGCUGUCAUCGGUCCCGCUCGCCCCGUCCUGGCACGCCGGCGUCGCGGGGCACCUCCUGCGGUUCCUCAGCGACACCGGCUCGCCGCUCUUCCUCAAGCGGGCCCGCGCACGGGAGGCCGCCGCCGCCGACGACGCGUACGCCGCGAUGCGGGCGCUCGGCUUCUCGGGCGUCCCGCUGAUCGCCGCGGAGCCCGAGGGGCUCGGCGGCGCGGUGGUGUACCGCGGCCACUUGCGUCAUGCUGCCGGUGGGGGCGGCGGGAGGCGGUCGCUGGCGGCGGGGAUGUUCUGCGUGGCGCUGCAGAACGCGGACCCGGCGGCGCUGCAGGCGGGGCUGAGCUGGGCGUGCGGGCAGGGCCAGGCCGACUGCUCGGCGAUCCAGCCCGGCGGGGCCUGCUACAGGCAGAACAACCUGGCGGCGCUGGCCUCCUACGCCUACAACGACUACUACCAGAAGGGCGCCAGCACCGGCGCCACCUGCUCCUUCAACGGCACCGCCACCACCACCGCCACCGACCCCAGCUCGGGAUCGUGCGUCUUCGCGGGAAGCACCAUGGCAGGGGGCUCCAACUCGAGCGUGCCGAGCGCCAGCCCUCCGACGAGCCUCGCGCCUCCGGUCGGCUCCAGCCCUCCGUCCGACUUCGGGCCCCCUCCGACCGGCUUCGGCCCUCCCGCGGGUGGCUUCGGUCCGCCGUCUGGGUUCGGCCCACCGUCUGGCUUCGGUCCCCCGUCGGCGUUCGGCCCGCCGGGGAGCUUCAACGGGAGCGGGACCUUCGGGCCGAGCGGCACCCUCGAGCCUUACGGCACCGGAUGCCGCCACGUCGCCUCUUUGGCCGCCUCCACUCUCCUGUCCGCCAUUGUUCUUGCCGUCCUCGUCGCGUCGCCCGAUCUGAUGUAAAUUAUGUGAGUGUGUAUUUGAAUUAGCUAGAGAGAUCACGCCCGUUCUUGUCGGGUGUCACCCUGUCGCCCUGACAACUCCAUACUAGUAACAUGUACUAUUAGCAGCGUUGUAAAAUAUACUACAGCACAAUCAGAACAAUAUCGAUAUACGAUAUACAGGCGAACAUACCGAUUAAAUUGUCGACACAA